GUGGUGCCCCGGAGGCCAGUGGCGGUGAUGGCGCUGUCCGGGUCCGCUCUCCAGGCCAAGGUGUCCCGCCUGGUCAGCAGGCAGCACGGCAGGCCGGUGCUCAAACCCAACAAGGCCCUGGUGCUGGCCGACAGGGUGGCGAACAGGAAAAUGCGGCUGGGAGAGGCAACGUGUAUCACAGAGAUGUCCGUGAUGUUGGCUUGCUGGAAACAAAAUGAGUUCAGUGAGAGAGCCUGUGCCAAAGAGAUCCAGGCGUUCUACGCUUGCACAGCCAAGGCAGAGGCUGAGCGGAGAGCAAGGGCAAGUUUGCUGAGUGUGGGACAAACCAAUACUUUGACUCCCCAACAAGCCACAAAGUUGCUGCAGAGAUAUCCCAACAAAACACAAGUGCGAUAGCAGCCUGCGUGUGGAAUUACUAUUUGGAUUUAAAAGGCUGCUGAUUACCUCCUCUUCUUGUGGCUGAGAUGUUCAGUUCCUGGUGGAUACAAAUGCCCUGGAAAUUGCAGGACUGUAAUACUCAUCAUUGACAGUAAAACUGGAUAGAACAGAGACAUAUGUCCUUAGCUGAAAUUCACGAAUAUCUAAGACUGGGGCUCUCAGUAAUUUAGAACGAAUUGCAAUUUGUUGCAUUUUAUGAACCAUAUGUUGAAAUAUUUCAUAACCGGCAGUUGUUUUGAAUGCAGACGUGAGGAGUGCUUUUUAGUUCAUCUUUCUUAUUGUCUGUGAUUUUGGGUCGAGGUGCACUUUAUUCUGUCACUUUGACUUCUCUUCAUCACAGUCCCGUCCCUGGUCUCUGAUCUGUGAUGUGAGAAGGUACACUCGAACAGGUUUCCCCUGUUGGUUCUUCCUUUUCUGCAGUGCUGUAGCAGUAAUAACUCCAGGCUAAUGUUUUAUGAGCAUGAGUUUGAAUCCUACCAUGGCAAUAGUGAAAUUUAAAUUCAAUAAAAUAAUAUACCUGUUAUUUCAAAAAAGCGUGUUUGAGGUGGCCAUUAAUAGGUGGCCUAGCUGGUGCCUCCCAAAUGCCAUGAACAAAUCAAAAAUGCACCUCAGAGUCCCCUAUCUUAAUGGUGGUCACAUCGAUAUAAAGGAUUCCAUUGUGGGAUAUUCUAGGUCCAAUCUGUCUUGCACCUCUUUAAAUGACAAUGAUCUCUAUGUCCUUUAUGACAGUAUCAUCUAUCUCAGUUAAAAGUUACUCCUUUUUCACAAGUCAGUGGGAAUCAGUUUCUUUAUAAAGGUCAGGUAUGUGGCUUGUGUUUCAGUUGUUUGCAAAUAGUGAAAAAUGCUUUAAGAUAACAGUGAAGGUGAUAUCAAAGUAACUCUCUUUGAAGUGUUACUUGAGGUUGUCUCAGAGUUGUAUAAAAUCAUACCAGACCUUCUAAUCACAGGAGAAAACAUCUUGUGUUACUGAGCUCAAUUUAAUGAAUAAAUUCUGAUGUUUACUUACAAUAUUUGUUAAUAGACCAACAGUGAUUUUGUUACACAGUGAGGAAGUAUUUUGCCAAAGUUUUGCAAUAACUUUACACUGUAGGGCCAGUCUCUGUUCACUGAUGUAGUUGAAUCUUAAUUAAUUUUAGUCUUGAACAAUGGGGGAUUGUUUGACUAUUUGUAAAAUAUCAACAAGGGAGAUUGUUGUAUCAGCAGCUUUUUCCUUCCUGCCCCAUUAGUGCAUAAGCAAUGUAAACUCAUCAUAAUAUAAUUCUGAAUUCAAUUAGACAAUCCUGUAUGUGAAUUUGAUGUCACGGUUCCUGCACUCAAUAAGAAAUAAAGUCGUGCUGAUCUGUCUUCGGCAAACAGAUGCCAAUACGUAUACAAAAUGUGUUCAAAGUUCUCUGUUGGUGUUCGGUUGCUCAGGACACAUCAGAAAAGGUUUCCUUCUUUUGAAUUACUUUAGUUCCCCCUUAAAAAGACGAAAAAGAACAGACAGCUCAUCACCACCUUUUCCCAGUUAGGGAUGGGUAAUAAGUACUGACCUUGAUGCUCAUGACCCCUUGAAUGAAUUUUUUUAAAAUCUUUGAUUCUUUGAGUAAUGUACAUUCAAAAUGAAUAUUCAAGUUAAUUGAAAAUGUAUAUUCAAGUUAAUAGACUUUGAAGUUCUUCUAUUUAACGGUAUAACCUGAAAUUGCUGCAAAUAAUCUGCAGUGUCUGCAGAGAGAGAGAGAGAGAGAGAGGAAAAAAAAGCCAAGAUUUCAGGUUGAGAGCCGUCAUCAGAAUUUUAUGAAAUUUGUAGGCAUUUUUUUUCUCUCAAUUGGUUAACCUCUAAAAGUUACCAUUGCUAGAAAAUGGCAUAUACUUGGAAGUUUUUCACCUUGCACUCAACGUUUCACAAGAAUUACCAACUCAAAUGGAAAAGCAAAAUUACUACAUGAGAGAAGGGUGCUGAUUGGUUCAAGUGAACUUUGAUGAUGGAGGCAUUGUUGUGGAGAAUGCAUCUGUUAAUGCUGAUUGGCAGUUAAUUACCAGAUAUUAGUCAUGGAGAUGUACAGCAUGGAAACAGACCCUUCAGUCUAAAUUGUCCAUGCCGACCAGAUAUCCCAACCCAUUUGCAGCACACAGCCCAUAUCCCUCCAAAUCCUUCCUAUUCAUAUACCCAUCCAAAUGCCUUUUAAAUGUUGCAGCUCAUUCCAUACACAUAUUACUGCUGUAUGAAAAGGUUGCCCCUUAGGUCUCUUUUAUAUCUUUCCCCUCUCACUCUAAACCUAUGCCCUCCAGUUCUGGAGUCCCCCCACCCCAGGGAAAAGACAUUUGUCUAUUUAUCCUAUUCAUGCGCCUCAUAAUUUUAUAAACCUCUAUAAGGUCACCCCUCAGACUCCAACGCUGUGGGUAAAACAACUCUAGCCUAUUCAUAUCUGAGGAGUUAUUUCCCCAUAAGUCAAAUCCUCCAACAUCCUUAUAAAUCGUUUCUGAACCCUUUCAAGUUUUACAGCAUCCUUCUGAAAGAAAGGAGAACAGAAUUACACGCAAUAUUUCAAAAGUGGACUAACCAACAUCCUGUACAGCCGCAACAUGAUGUCUCAGCCCCUGUACUCAAUACUCUGACCAAUAAAGGAAAGCAUACCAAACACUACCUUUACUAUUAUCUACCUGCGACUCUAAAUUUUAAACUCAGCAGGUUGACUCCGAAAACUAGAAAUUACUGGUGAAACUCAGCAUGUCUGGCAGCAUCUGUGGAGAGAAAGCAGUUAAUGUUUCUGGAUCUGUGAUCCUCCUCCAGAAUGUGUAGCUCAGCAUCAAGUCAGUGAGUGGCUGUCAUCUAUUUUGUUGAAACUGGCGCAGUAUGUGCACAUUAUUUAUUCUGCCUGAAAGUCAAAGGAUGUAACAUCCUCUGACCUGGUGACAUCUUCAGGGGAAAAAAAAGUAUGGAUUUUGUAAGAAACUGUCUUCUUUUCUGGCUAGCUUUCGGAGCGACGCUCCUUCAUCACCUGAUGAAGGAGCAUCACUCCGAAAGCUAGUGUGCUUCCAAUUAAAUCUGUUGGAUUAUAA